AUGAACCGUGUCGAGGCUCGGGUGAAGUUUGGAGCUGAACGUGACUCCUCCUUGCAGCUGCAGGAGAAAGACUCGGCUCCUCAGGUGAGGGGGGCGGUGCUGAAGAAGAUGGGCGUGUCCUCUGCGGUGUCUGACGAGUCGGUGGCCGGUGACAGUGGAGUGUACGAGCCCUCAGAGCGCAGGCCGGGCCUCCCUGCCGACCUCCUCCUCAGCUCCUACGAGGAGCGUUUGGAACCCGACUGCUCUCAGGUGCAGCUCGGCUUCCGCUACGAGUCCAGAGACCAGCGCUUCACCGUCUACGUCAUGCAGCUGUCCAACUGCAGCGCCCUCUGUCUGCCGGCUGACCAGAAAAUGUAUGUGCGUGUGGCAGUGCUGCCCUGCGUGGAGACCACCCGCUGCCUGUUCCGAACACGCGGCUCUUUGUUUCAAGACACCGUGGAGCUCAAUGAGGUGUUCGGCGUGCAGAUAUCCCAUGGUGCACUGCGCCAGAAAACCCUGAGGGUGGACGUGUGCACCACCAGCAAGUCCAGCCACGAAGAGUGUCUGGCGGGCGCUCAGAUCAGUUUGGCUGAUGUCAGCUGUUCGGAUGAGAGACGCACAAAGUGGUACAACCUGCUGAGCCGCGCCUACAUGCCUGACAUCAACAACAAGGACAAGGAGAGCAGAGCAGCCGGCGGCUCGGACAGGACUCGUGUUUCCAGCAGUGACACGGUCGGGGCUUCUGAGGACGACGAGUGGCACGGUGACACGCUGGAGGCGGACCUGUUUGAUGAUGAAGAAGGAAAUGGUGUGGGGGAAGUGGGGCCUCUGGAGGAGGAGGAGGAUGAGUUUUAUCCCGACAGCAGCCGAUGGGAAGCAGGAGAAGAGGAGGAGGAAGAGGAGGCAACUAAACCUCCUCCUCCUCCUCCUCCUCCUCCUCCUCCAGCAGCAGCAGCAGCAGCAGCAGCAGCAGCAGCAUCAAGGAUCCCAGAGAAG